AUGCCUACGCUCAGACGUCAUCGGGAGAGUCAACCAUCAGCUGGUAGCCCGCUUGCCGUUGCGGGGUGCGACAACUACGGCAGUAGCUCUGACAAUGGGCACCCCAGAACCCGGCCUACCAUUGCACCGAGGAGUGACUCCACCUCAGGGUGCCACGCUUGGCCAAUUCUAGACGCUCCACUUGCAAACGAACGUACAGGCGCUAGCAGCCCCUUCAGCAAGCGGCUUCCCGGCGAUGCCUUCACGAAUGCCGUGCAUUAUCCCGUGCUCAGCUCCGACUGCAAUGAGCCCCGACCUCAGGAAGCCUUAUCAAUGAAUGCAAAUGACAGUCAGAACGAUGGGCGCAUCACUCAACCGCUUUCUUUCCUGCGAGACGAAUGCUGUGCGCAAUCCUCUUGGGCGGAAACUCUCAACCUCGACCUUACCACCGCCAUUGAGGAAGACAGCGUCGUUAUGUCGCAGGACGUUUACGAACGUACCAGCAGCGCUGGCGCGCAGCCCGCCCCAGCCGGCUCAGCUCGCUCUUCACAGGGCCCCCCCGGACGGCAGCGCACAUCUGGCAGCGGCCUUCCCCCUCGUCCACCUCGACCCGCAGCUCCGCCACACGCCGCCAUAGACCCCCUUGACGGCCUGAGCCCCUUCCUCAAUCGCCCCGAGCCGCCCGGUCGCGAUCCGACCCGGCCCGAGCCACUCGAGGGCGCCCGCGCCCAGUCCGCCUCCUGCUCGUCCUCAUCAAACCAACCCAGUUUCCAUGGCCGCCGAGCAACCGCUGCUGCAACGGCCGCUGCUACUGCUCCUACGGCAGGGACGGCGGCUGCAGGUGCGUCUGCGGUGCUGCACCCCGGUCGACACCAAAAUGGAGAUCCCGAUAGCAGGCAGCCCGGAUCUGCACCUGCGAACAACGACUGGGUGGCGGUUUUCAGACCGUCAUUAGCUCCGGAGCCGCAUUGCGCACAGCACCAGCCGGCGGCUCCUGCGCCUUUGCGGGCAUCUUUAGCAACUUCAGUAGCAUCUAGAGCUGGGGAGUCUGAAGCUUUGUCGCCGUUGGGCCGUUUUGUGGCAGCUACGGGUCACCCGGGCCGCGUAGUGCCUUCCGUAAGCAUUACGUGUGCCAGCCGGCUCACCGCUACUGCCACCGCCACUACUACAGCCGCCAGCGGAAUCUACUUAGGCCGCCCACCGUUGCCAUCACCGUCAAAAUUGCGAAAUUGCUGGGGCUGCGGCAGUAGCGCCGCCACGGCGCGCGGUGGUGAACAACCUGAGAUGCCGUACUUUGCUCAAAUAGACGGUAGCAUCGCAGCGGCGGCAGCUCGGUACAGUACGACGCUCCAGACGCCGUACUUGCGCCCCGAGAGCCCAUUUGACUGGGGUCUUCAGCUGCCAGGAUGGGAGGAAGGCCCCGGAGACCUCGUCACCCUUGGUACGGCACAUUUCGAGCAGCGCAUGGAAGACAUGAACCAGGAAGCUUGGAUCCCAGGUUCCCCCCGAUAUGUGUUCAGACCAGCCUCGAUGUUGGGUCGCUGGCUACCCGGCAAUGGCGGCGCCGCGGCCGCCACCAGCGACACCGGGGGCCACAUUGAUAGUUUGGCAGCAGCAGCAGCAGCAGGCCGCGGCCCCGGCCAUGUUGCAGCCAAGCUAGUAGCUGCGGCAGCUACUACUGCGUUAGCAGCAGCACCCCAUGCAGCUACUGCUGCUGCAGUUGCAGAUGGCCCACGGGUCGGCCAUCCGUCAUGGGUCCGCGCCGGCGUUGGACAGCUGCGUGGCAUUGCCAUGGCGGCCAGCGCCGGCACACCUUUCAGCGCCCAUGCUGGCGGCAGCGCUGCAAUGGCCGUCGGUGAAGCAGCUGCUGUAGCAGCUGCAGUCGCUGACGCCGACACUCCUGCAGCUGGCGGAGGCUGUGGCAGCAGCAACGGCAAGGACGCAGCAGCGCAGUCCCGCAACGCUUUCGACCAAGUUGGACCAUGCUAUGAGCCGACAUCAUGUACGGCGGUUUCGGAGCUCGUGAGCUUGGAUGGAAUUUCGGGACCUACUACCGUAGGUGGCCUUUUAGCGACAGUUGCACGCCUGGCGGCGGAAGGGGCGCCCUGCAGUGACGACGGCGCCGCCGCUGCCGUUGCUAACGGCGCCGAAGUCUGCUUCCGACGCUCACCUCCGCUCAAGCGACGACUGGAUGAUGUGGCCCACUGUGAUGAAUCCCCGCCUUCGUCAUAUCCAGCCAUUGGCAUUCCGCUUCCCAUCCGACGGCGGGAGCUGUUGCUGAGCGCUGUGGAGGCGCAACUGCGACUGAGGCCGCUGCCGCCACCGCAGCAGCAGCUGAUGCAAGAGUGGUAG